CCGUAAUAUUACUAUAUUGUAAUGCGUGUUAUGACAUAUAUUUAGGUGUACAUCACGAACCUAUGUCCUGUUGGGCACCCGUAGAUAGUUCGAGACCAGGAUCCGCUGCGAUCUACAACUGCCCACAUGGAUCCACCCCCCCAACCCUGAGUCGACCAACAACAGUACAUACAGCGUCUAGAUUCACAACCUCGAUGUAUGAAACUGUUUUGAAAUAUGCUAGUUCAGAGAUUCCAUCAUGUCCGAUUUCGCGAUUACAGCAUAUUUUGAUAUCGACGUUGACUUUGGAAGCGUCAUUUCUCUUCGGCUCUUCGGGUGCAUCGCGCACGCUCAUGUCCCCGAAAAAUUCCAGAAAAGGAUUGGAGUGCAAGUUGUCGAAGGGACCCACAUCGGAUUCAUAAAGGAGAGUGCUCGGGUGCUCCAUGACCAUGAGAAGCGCCAGAUUAUAAAAGCGCGCGAUGUCGAUUUUUUCGACACAGGAAGUAGGGAAUGUGUCGGGGUGGAAAUGGAUGAUAAGGAUGGGGAAAUGGGGAAAUGGGGUGUAGGAAACAGAUCAAAAAACCAAAAUUCGCGCAUCCAAGAUCCAUCCACAUUAAUGCAAAGGGACCGCACGAAGAAGCCCCAUCGUCACAGACUCCACUCCUCAUCGAUCGAGCCUGAAGCGCCCAGAAGAUCUUCCAAAAGCACCUGAUAUAGCCUGGCGCAAGUGAGGCAGCGGACGAUACAAAGAUGCUAGUGGGCAUCUACAAGCUGUGGCGUUCCAGAGAAGCUGUGGCCUAUAGGAGUAAUGGAGCCCUUGAUUUGAACAUAUUAACGCCAGAUGCAGAGUAGCAGAGACCCAAUAGUAAUGGGGAUGUUGCAGAGCAAUGAGUUGGGCAUAUAGCACUUCGAUGUGUUGUGUCGGUCUGUUUGUUUCGGCCCUUGGGUUAACUCAAUCCCCGUGAUUUACAACUCGCCUCAAUCUAGCCAGAAGUGAACAAUCUCCCAGAUCGGUUGGGGGCGGGGGAGGCCAGAAGCGGUCCGUGAAG